AUGCCCGGAGGUCAUCCCAAGGCUUGGCCUCACAUCAAGGAUAUUUUCCAGUCGAUCGCCGCGAAAAGUGAGGGCGAAGCUUGCUGCGAAUGGGUAUGAAAAAUCUUCGCAAGAUGACUGAAGAUUGAAGUGUUAGGUGGGAAAUGCUGGCUCCGGACACUUUGUGAAGAUGGUGCACAAUGGAAUUGAGUACGGCGACAUGCAGCUCAUCGCUGAGGCUUAUCAUCUGCUCGCCAAGGGAGUCGGACUCAACCAUGAUCAGAUGGCCGAGGUGCUCGAAAAACCUAUAAUUCAUAAUUUGCAUUUGGUUGGCCAGGUAAUGGAAGAGUGGAACAAGGGAGAACUCGACUCUUUCCUCAUUGAAAUCACUGCCAACAUCCUCAAGUUCCGCGACGAGAAAGGCGAGCCUGUCGUGCCGAAAAUCCGCGACGCCGCAGGACAGGUACAUCAUCUGAACGACUUCGAGAUAGCGCAGUUUUCAGAAAGGGACCGGCAAAUGGACGUGUUUGGCUGGCCUAGACUUCGGCAUCCCUGUCACUCUCAUUGGUACUUUUUGAACUUUGGAUAAUUAUUUUCCACUUUGCGUUUCAAUUUUCGUACCAAAGAAAUAUAGUACACUCAGCGCUGACUUGAGCCAAUAUGAAGUAUCUGAAAGAGUAGCGAAAGAGGAUGUUUAGACGUCUUCAAAAGUCGUUUUCCUGACUAGGGAACUACUCGGACUCGGGUACGCGGAUCGAGUUCAAACUUUGGUGACUCAUAGACCCGGGUAAGAGUACUUAAAAACAAGAGAGAUUAUCUGCUAAACCCCAUAGGCUUCUGAGAAAAAGCUUUUUGAAAAUAUGAAAAUUAGGCCUGAAAUUUUUCAGAAUACUGUUUUUUACCUUAUUUUAUAUUUUACUACAAUCGUCUUGAAUGAUCCGGCUAUGAUAAACUCUAAAAAACUUUUUUCCAGCCAAAAGAAGGAGGAAAGCAAAAAUAUAAUAAUUUUCAAGCUUAAAUUGUUCAUUUUCAAAAAUCUUUUUCUCAGAAGCCUAUGGGGUUUAUCAGAUAAUCUCUCUUGUUUCCAAGUUCUCACCCGGGUCUAUAAGCCACCAAAGUUUCAACUCGAAACGCGUACCCGAGUCCGAGUAGUUCCCUAGUGAGGCUUUCAUUGAAUAAAGUGUAUCCAAAGAGAGUGAAAUCUGUGAAAGUCAACCCUAUCAAAGUUUUUUGAUUUUUAACGAAAAAAAAAACUGCGUUUUUCCGUUUUCUGUUUUUGAGGUCUUUUUAAUAUCCCUGCUUCAUUUUAAAAAACCUAAGAAAAUUUAAGAGAAAGGGAUCAAUUAUGUUUCAAUGAAAUAGUACGAAAGUUAAAAUUCAGUUUUUAGACUUUAUUUCAAAAUUACUAAUAACAUCAACGAUCAAAUACCGGCAUCAAAAAAUGUCACGUUUCACGGUACAUAGGAUAUAAAGCUGUAAAAAUUCAAAUUAUCAUAAUGGAAAAUUACUUAGAACGAACCGAAAUCAAAAGUUAUUACCCAACGAAAUUAGUAUAGCGAGCGUGUGUUCAAACUUUUUAAAUCUUGUUUUUCUUUUCUUGUGUAUCGAAUUGGUUAAUUCGAAAGGAACUCGAUGUUCCCAAUCAUUCGAGUUGGAUUAUACUAUCUAACUGGGAUAAGAUUUUCUGCUGACUUCAAAUUAAAGUUAGCCGUUGGUUCAUCGGGUCUUUCCAGGAGAAGCUGUGUUUGCUCGUUGCCUUUCUGCUCUGAAGGACGAACGCGUCGUCGCCUCGAAAAAGCUUCCACGGCCUUCCGUCAACGCCGAUUCUGUCAUCCAGAACAAACGCGACUUCGUCAAGAAGAUCAGCAAGGUGGAUAGCUCGAUUGAAGGAUUCAUUUCGAAGCACGUUUCAGGCUCUCUACGCAGCAAAGAUUGUCAGCUACGCUCAAGGAUUCAUGCUGCUGUCCGAGGUUUUCUGUAAGAGUGUUCGUUCUCACUGAGUUUGCGAAUUGAGGCGAGCACACAGUACAAGUGGUCUCUCAACUUCGGCGGCAUCGCCCUGAUGUGGCGCGGUGGUUGCAUCAUCCGUUCCCGGUAGUUUCUCUUGGUUCCGAAAAGUUUUCUAUCUGUCCCAUUUUUGAUUGUAAGUAAACUACACAAGUUAUUCUGCGGAGAAGAAUAAUAGAAACAUGAACUUGCCGAGAAAAUAUCAUAAUUUUUUUUCUCAUUUCCAAAGCCUUUUGUUUAAGAAAAAAAGAGUGGAGAUCAAUAAAAAGCGUAAAAUAAAUAGAGUAAAGUAGGUGAUUUAUUGGACUCAAAAACUACGAUUUUAUUAAACUCCUCUUGGGCGUCUUCCGCCGGACUAAACUAAUCUUUCCGCUACUUUCUCAGGUUUUUUUCUUUCAUUUUUCUUAGAAUAUCCAGUAAGAAGCUUUUGAAAAUCAAUUGUUUUAAAAAUCGAACUUUUGUGCCAAUUUUUGAAAAAUUACAGUUUUCUAAGAAACAAGGAAGUCUCGGCAAUCAUUGCAACUUUCUGGAGUAGACGCGAUAUAAUUCUAAAGACAAUCGGAAACCGUUCUUUUUCAGUUUCCUGGGCGAUAUCAAGCGAGCUUUCGACAAAACUCCUGACCUCAAGAAUUUGUUGCUCGACGACUUUUUCGUCAAGGCCAUGACUGAUUGUCAUGUUCGUUUUCUUUUAUUUCAUUUCAUUUUAAACAUUUUUAGAGCCUAUGUCGUCAUUUUCACAAAAAAUAUUCAUAUAAGAAAGAAAAAAAAAACUCAACAAAUCAACCAUGCGAGAUUAAAAUUUUUGUUCAAAAUUAGUAUUUCGCUAUUUUUUGCUUGAUAUUUAUUUUGCAGCCUCUCACUGUCUUUGUGUUUUGAUUUAAUCGCUCUUUUUUGGGGAAAGUGUUGCCGAGAGGUUGUUUACAAUUGCCACAGUCCCUCUAUCAAUAAUCACGUUUCUGAAAGUUGAGAAAAAAGACGAAUAUGUUAAGAAUCAUUCCAAAAAUCACUGCAGGUAGUUUUUAUUUCUCCAAAAAAGGCUUCGCAUCGCCACAAAACUUGUUUCUUUGAAGUGUGACCACAUUUCCUUUUUUUUUCAAAUUUGCGAUCAGAAAAGUUUUUGUUCUGUCAGUUCUUGGCAGAUUGACAGUGAUGGAUGUUCUGUGAAACCAAGGCGGAAAAAAUCUUCGAAAAUCUAAAAUGGAGAAUAAAGUUCUCCAAUUCACUCUAUUAAUCGAAGUAUAAUUUUAUCCUUGACGUUUUUUUAUUGAGUUUUGAAUGGCGGAACAGUUUUUGAGCGUAAGAGCAAGAAAAAAAUAGAGGAAAACAAUAGGCGAACUUUCUAGGAGUCCUGGCGGGAUGUAGUCGCAGCUGCGACGCGGCUGGGCAUUCCAGUGCCGGCCCUUUCUUCAGCCCUCGCCUUCUACGACGGAUACUCCAGCGAUGUACGUUUUUUUGGACGCAUUCGAUAUCCAAACGGGAAGUCCACUAGAAUUUUCUUCUAUCCUGAAAUUCGUUGAGACAAGAUUGAAGAAUAAUCCAUUGACACUGCGAAGAGCAACUCUUUUUGAGCGGAGAAAUAGUUGCCCACGUUAACUUAUGCAAUAACGUGGCAAUGUGCGGUUUCAUAGAAGUAGAAAAAGAAGACAAAAAGAGCCUAAGCUGAGAAGGCGAUUCGAUGGAUGGGAGUAACGGAAAGCGAAGAGAAACUUUUUUUGCGCAGACCCUCAAAAUAGUUAGAUUCAAAUCCGCCUUCCAACUUUCUUGACAUAUCUAAAACAUAGACAUAUAGACUAAAACAUAGACUAAGACAUAUCAUUUUUGACAUAUCUAAAACAAUGAGAAGUUGGUCAUUCAUCGGAAUAGUUUUCUUAUUUUUGUAUCGUUUUCGAUAUUUCAAAAAUGGAUUUUAUCUUCUUUUUUUUUAAACCUUGACGAAAAGAAGAAAUAACCUAUUCACAAUGAAUUUUCUUCGGAAUUGAGCGAUCCGAUGUUCUCUUCACCGAUUUCGUUAAACGGGAAUGGUUCAACUGUCGAAGUAACGCGGUUUUCUUCUCUCAAUUAAUCUUGAUAGUGGCCAUUUGCUGUCAGUAGCUGUCGUUCUGAGUUUGGUGGCGGUCGCCGCUGAUCACUGACGUCGUCCGACAAGUUGCGCCGAACGGACGGCGCGAUUUUGUCUUUUUCAGCCAGACUAUCCAUAAUUUAUGGGCGAUCGUUAAAAGAAGACGCUCUUUUCCUAUUAGAAAGUUUUGGAUCGCCUUCUCCCGAGAACAUAUAAAACUUGAUUUCAUUCAUGGAAAUCACAAUGAAUGGGUAAUAAAUAAUAAACUGCUGAACCUAUGAAAUAAUCGUAGAUCGUAUGAUAAUUUAUAUGAUUCUAUAAGAUCCUUAAAUGAGUCUAAAGCUUAGAAUCCUGAUUUUUCCCAAGAAGUUUUUACGAUGUCAACUAUAUUUGCGUGCGAAGACUGUAAGGACUGUUCGUGAUCCAUUUACAGAUUUUUUUUCCCAGUUACGAGCCGUGAAUUUUCACGAAUACGACUUUCAAUAUUUUGGUUUUACCUCCAUAAGUUUUUCCUACUACAGGUUCUGCCCGCGAACUUGAUCCAAGCCCAGCGCGACUACUUCGGAGCUCACACCUACGAACUCGUGGACAAGGUUGGCUCCUGGGUCCACACCAACUGGACGGGCCAUGGCGGUCGCGUUACCAGCAACGCCUACAAUGCUUAA